GUUUCAGAGUGUCAAGAGUCUCGUGUUUCUUCUUCUUCUUCGAUGGAUUCUUCUUUUCCAGCGGCGGCCUCGUCGUCGGUGGAGGAGCUGGUGAGGAGAGAAGUGGCCGAUUGGGAUGACGAGGUGGUGUGCAACGCGCGGUUCAAGGCGUUCAGCGGGCAAAGAUCGGAUUGGGAACCGAGUUUCUUAUUUUGGAGGGAUCUCAUCAUUAAGAUCGCUCGGCAUCUCGGAGUCUGCAUCAUUGACGCCUCCGAGGUGAAAAAUGUUUGGUUUUCUCGUGGAGGCUUAACUCCUUUGUGCAUCGAUCAUGUACUGCGGGAAAUGCACACAGAUGGUGAUAUUCUGUUAAAAGAGGAUCUACUAGAUCCAACCAGUGGGCGGUUAUAUAUGGUGCUUAGAAGAGUAGGACACCUUAUAGGCAUUUCAAAAUCAUGGGAUUUACAAGGUAACCUUCAAAAUCAUCUAAUUUUGAAGACACGUCUUCAGGAAAGAUGUGCCGAUGUCAUUAAAAUAUUGGCUGAGAGCCACUGGACUUCAACUUGCAUCGUUACAAUGGGGAGCUUCCAGAGCAUUUGUAAGUCCCCUGAUGAAGCUUUUGCAAUUUUGAGCCAUUUAUGUGAAUGUGGAAAAGCACGAUACUUUUCCAUAAAAAAGAAAGACUUCAUUGAGGGUGUGAAAGUUUCUCUUGUUUCAGCUUCAGUCCUCAAUAUCUCAAGUCUUGACUGUGAUGUUUUGCACCUUAUUUGCACAACAGAGAAGUUGCAACAACAACUUGAUGUGAUUGACAAAAGAUGGGAGAGUUCAAGAAAAAUGGCACUGUCAUCCCAUAAAUCUGGUAAUAAACAAGUUGCUUACAGAUACAUCAGGCAGGUAAAGUUGUUCUCAGAAAGCAGGGCUAAAUGCAUCUCAUUUUUGGAGAGAGUGGAAGAAGUUCUCGGUUUAAUUGCUAAUGCUGAAUCUACAAAGAAGGUUUCUGAAGCCAUCCAAAUUGGUGCUCAAGCAAUCAAGGAGAACAACGUUACUGUCGAGGAAGUUUACACCCAUCUACAAGAUCUUGAGGAGAAUGUUGCUUCACAGAAGCAAGUUGAUGAUGCUCUAGCAUCAGCUACACUUCAAUAUGUAGAUAUUGAAGAUGAAGAUGUUGAAGAGGAGUUCAAGAAAUUGGAAGAAGAGCUUGCAGGAGACACCCCUAAAUCUCAAACACCACAUCUUCAAAAUGCCGAACCAGUAGAAGACGGUGUGCCGAAGGAAGUGAAAUCACAAGAAUCACCUACAUCAUUGAGCAAAGCCAUGUCAAAUCUCAGUCUUGAGGCUACCUAGUCCCUGUUGAUAUACCCCUCUGUGUGGCAUACUUGAUAAUAUGUGAACGUAAUUGACUUUUUCAUUUUUACCGUAUAAUAUGAGUCAUAUAAGCU